AUGAGCUUCCGCGAAGACUUUCCUCGAAGAGGGCCAGGACUCACCAGGGUCGCUCAGCAGGACACGGCAGGCGGGAAGGAGAGCCAGCCGGAGCCCCGCGCUGUCCCCCGCAGCCUCGCCCGCGGGGCGAGCGACGAUCGCCGCGGGCCGUGGAGCUCGGGCCGGGGAGACUCGUUUCCAGCCUCUUGGGUCCCGCUCCUCCCAGUUCCCCGGAGAGGCGUGGAGCUUGCUGGGAAGUGCCCUCAGGUGGAGACUGGACCUCAGAGAGGGAGUGGGUGCCCUGAGAACUCACAGCUGGUGGACAGCGGAAAGGGCAGAACCCGGACCAAGGGAAGAACAACAUCAAGCUGGCUAGCAAGGAACUGUAUACAGGGUCCAGCUGGGUAUCACACUGGAUCUCACCCAAAGCUGAGAUGUGAUCCAGCUCAGUAUCACAAAGCAGAACGAAAAGGAUGUGUUCGGGCUGAGAGGCAAUACAUUGGCUCCGGCAGGACGGGUGACUUCUUCCGAGUCUGGCUUCUGCAGCACACAGGGCUUCGCCAGCACCCAGCUCCUGCAGCAUGGACAGCUCGUGUGACAGCAGGCGCCCACAGCCUGCAAAGCUUCUCCAGUGCCGCCUCCUCAGUGAACCGCAAGCAGCGGCACCUAGCAGCUUUCUCCACCACCCUCUUCAGGCAGGAAGCCCACCUGACCCCACGUCUCAGGCUGCCAGAGAAGCGUGUGAUGAGGAAGGCUGGACUAUCUUCACAGGACACCGGGGAGAAGCCUCAAGCCACAGCCCCCUGACAAGUCUCAGCUCUCCAGCCUGUCUCCUGGCUCCCCUCCCCUCGACACGGGGGUGUUGGCGGGGGGGUCAUUUCAGCUCCUGGGCACCAGUCUCCUCCUCAUGUUUAUCCUGUUCCCUUUGCUUGAAAGGUUCUUACUCCAGAUCCUUGUAAAACGGCUUCUCACCCUUUGAGUCUCAGCUUAAAUGUCCCCUCCUUGGAGGGGUCUUCCCUGACAAUGAAGCUCCGACCGUCCUCUCCU